AUGCAACAACAAGAACAACAUUUAUUCUCUGUUUCUGGAAUACGUGGAUUUGGAACCUCCAUUUCGAUAUUAACAGGAGGAGGAGGCGGUGGUGGGCUCCAUACAACAUACCCGGAAAUCACAUAA